CCGUCCGGCUCUGCGGACUCAAGGAGAGAAAGGAAAAAAGUUCCUUAGUGUAACUACACUUAGGACCUAAAACAAUUCAUAAAUUUUUGUGCACAGGUCCACAUCCGCCUCCCCAUGCAGAACUCCAUGAAAUGAAUAAAGCACCACAGCCCAUAACAGGACCCCCCUCCAUCCCCCACCCUGCCCCCUCCCCCGGCCUUUCACAGCCCUCAUUCCCCCCUGGGCAACCCCCUUCUGUUGUGUUUGCCUCCCCACCGCCUCCACAAAUGAACCCAACACCACAGCCCCGACAGUUUGCCCCAGGGCCCCGACCUAUACACCAACAGGGAAGCUUCAGGUCGCUGCAGCCCUAUUACACCAACAGGGCCAGCCUGCCUCCCAACAGUGGGCCUCGGGGUGUCCCUCCGAGCAGCGGCCCUCGGCCCGUGACGCCCACCCAUGUCUACCAGCCGGGCCCUGGCUCCCAAAUGAUGAUGAUCCCUGGGCAGCAAUUGCCCUUCCCCAGCUCACCACAGGGACCCGCCUACUUUAUACCGGGACAGUACCGGUCAGCAACCUACGUGGCCACACCCCAGCAAUACCCAGUCCCAACAGGCACCCCAGGCUUCUACCCAGGCACGAGCCCCGCUGAAUAUGGUACUUAUGCAGGGGCCUACUACCCCGCCCAGCCUCAGUUCACCCCAUCGGUGCAGGCGGCACCCGUCAUUAUGAACCCAGCCCCUCAACAGCAGCAACCACCACCUCAGCCGCCCCAACACAUCCCCACCAAACGGGAACGUAAACAGAUCAGAAUAAGAGACCCUAACCAAGGUGGUCGAGACAUUACAGAGGAGAUUAUGUCAGGGGGCCGCAGUGGCUCUACCCCAACCCCACCACAGACCGCCAUAUCGGGAUCAGAAACUACAGCUUUUGUCCAGGCCAACGGUGAGAGUGUCACAGCUGUUGCUACACCAGCACUGGUUAGACCAGGUAAGUGCCACAUGCACAGGGCCUUAAACACAGUCACACAAAGAUAUAUGUACAAUUUUCAAAUUAUCAUUUUAGUAUUGUUCAUAAUUCAAGGCUUGUGUAUUGGUACUUCUGAUAUAGUUAAUGCAGUUAUUAUUUUAUUUUUUACAGUAACAGGUUAUUUUUUGGAUGCUCCCCUACCUCCCAGGGAGCCCACCCCACCCCCCCAUUCAGCGCCUGAGGUGCCCGCCUACCCUGCACCCCUCCCUGACCCUGUUCCCACCUCUGCUCCACAAGACAAAACAGACAAAAAAAUCACAGAGGCAAAGGAGAAGGAGUUGGUGAAAGAGAAGGAACCUAAAGCAAAGGAGGCAGCUGCACCUCCUUCCACUAACGGUGUCGCAGAGGUGGAGCCCAAAAGCCUGACGAUCAUGUUGCCACCCAGUCAUCUGGAGACUCUGGAGUCUCCCAUUGCACAGCCAGAGGAGCUACGCCUCCCCAAUGGCCUGCCACUGCCAGACCCUCAAGACCCCGAGGUGCCUGCCACCAGCCCGACUGAGUGUGACGACAGCCCCAUUGCUGAGCCUGACAUUUGCGAGCAGUCUGUCAUACAGACCUCCGCAGCUAUCAUUCAGGCAGCAAGUACACCUUUGUUCCAAGCCUCACCUGCCCCUGUUGAUCAGCCUGCACCCGCUGUCCAGGAGAUUUUUGCUGAGCCAGCCGUCCAGGCCGCACCUGCCCAGCCUGAGGUACAAUACACGGUUCCUCCAGUCACCCUGGACAUCAAAGAAGACACCCCAGUGCCCCAGUCCACCGCCAAGGAAGAGAAGCCAUCUCCUGCAGCGCCUGUUUCUAUAGUUGACAGCACCCCAGAAACUGUGCCCACUCCUUCCUCUCCCACAGCAGAGGAGAGGGAGGACACCCCUCCUCCCCAGACAGUCACCCCUGCCCUUGUAGAAACUACAGCCGCUGUGUCUGUGCCAAAGAAAAAGAGGAAGAUGAAAGAUCUUAACAAAAAGGAGGCAGUGGGAGACCUCCUUGAUGCUUUUAAAGAGGAGCAAGUAGUGGCUGCGCCGGAGCCCGAGCCAACCCCAGUCCCAGCAGCAGAGACCAAGCCCCCUGCUGCUUCCCCACCUGCCCCAGAGGAGGCAGACCUGACUUGGGAGGACAAAGAGGACAAAGAAGACAAGCAAGACGCUGAGAACAUUAAGCCAGAUUCUAAGCAGACUGACACUGACAAGAAGUACCAGUACAAAGAGGAACAAUGGAAGCCAAUCGACCCAGAGAAGAAGAAGCAAUAUGACCGAGAGUUUCUUCUGGGCUUCCAGUUCAUCUCAGCCAGCAUGAACAAGCCUGAGGGCCUACCAGCCAUCAGUGAUGUUGUCUUAGACAAGGCUAAUAAGACACCUCUGCGUCAACUGGACCCCAGCCGUCUAACAGGAAUGAAUUGUGGCCCUGACUUCACACCCUCCUUUGCAAAUCUUGGCAGGCCUGGCAUGGGAGGAGGAAGUAGAGGACCACCGCCAGGUAUGGGCAUGGGAGUUGGUGGUCCACGUCGCUCCCAGCAGAUGCAGAGGAAAGAGCCAAGGAAAAUCAUCACCACCAUGUCACUCGGUGACGAUGUGCAGCUGAACAAGGCGGAGAAGGCUUGGAAACCUACAGUGAAAAAAGUAGUUCACAAUCGUGCAGUAGAGGAGCCUGAGAACGAUUCAGAGCAUGCUAAGAGUCAGGAUCUGUUUAAACGGGUUCGCGGCAUUCUCAACAAACUGACUCCCCAAAAGUUUCAACAGCUAAUGAAACAGGUGACGGAACUGACUAUUGACACUGAGGAGAGAUUGAAAGGAGUCAUAGAUCUUACCUUUGAAAAGGCCAUUUCUGAACCGGACUUUUCAGUGGCCUAUGCCAACAUGUGCCGCUGCCUUAUGGGGCUUAAAGCCGAAACCACAGAGAAGCCAGGAAACACUGUGAAUUUCCGCAAGCUGCUGCUAAAUCGAUGCCAGAAGGAGUUUGAAAAAGAUAAAGAUGACGACGAGAUCUUUGAGAGGAAGCAGAAAGAGCUGGAUGCUGCCUCAGUGGCGGAAGAGAAACAGCGGCUCAGCGAUGAGCUACAACAAGCUAAAGACCAGGCCAGGCGGCGCUCACUGGGCAACAUCAAGUUCAUUGGUGAGCUGUUCAAGCUUAAAAUGCUCACAGAGGUCAUCAUGCAUGACUGCAUAGUAAAGCUGCUCAAAAACCAUGACGAGGAGUCCCUGGAGUGCCUGUGUAGACUGUUGUCCACUAUUGGCAAGGACCUAGACUUUGAGAAGGCCAAGCCUCGUAUGGACCAGUACUUCAAUCAGAUGGAUAAAAUAAUAAAGGAGAGGAAGACCAGCUCCAGGAUCCGCUUCAUGUUGCAGGAUGUGCUGGACCUUCGACGGAACACCUGGGUGCCCCGGCGAGGCGAUCAGGGACCCAAGACCAUAGACCAGAUCCACAAAGACGCUGAGCUGGAGGAGCACAGGGAGCAUAUGAAGGUUCAGCAAGCCCUAAUCUCCAAGAAAGAUACGGGAGGCGGCCCUGGAGGCAGGAUGGGGGGAGGAGGUUCUGGGGGUCGUGGGGGCCCUCACACCCAAGGCCGUGGUGCUCCUCCCCAGGACGAGGGCUGGAAUACAGUGCCCAUCUCCAAGAACCGGCCUAUUGAUGCCUCUCGCCUUAGCAAAAUCACAAAGACUCCUGUUCUUGACUUCAACAAUCAGUUGCUUGCCCCAGGAGGUAAAGGAACAUGGGGGAGCUGGGGUAAGGGCAGCAGCGGUGGCACCAGUGCCAAACCUGCAGAUUCUGGCCCAGAGCCAGGCGUCCGUCCCAACACCAGCACUCUGAACAGGUUCUCAGCCUUACAGCAGCCGUCAUCCUCCUCAGGCUCUUCCCUGGACUCGGACAAACGAGUUCCUCAGAGAAACAGUUUGAGUCGAGAGCGCAGUGAUCGCUUCGACCGCAAUGAUCGUGGCGGUGACCGAUUUGAAAGACGGGAUGAGCGGCGGGAUGACCGUGAUCGUAACAGACUUCAGGUCACCAAGCGCAGCUUCAGUCGGGAGAAUGAGGAGCGAAGCAGGGAGAGAGAGCAGCGUGGGCCGGCCGAUCCUGUCCGCAGAGUAGCGAGCAUGACUGACGACAGAGGCAGCAGAGAAAGAGACAGAGCCAGGAGCAAAGAGAAUGUUAAGCGGGAGACAGCUGCCCCCUCUCCCCCUCUCCAAAUCCUGACCACCACCAAGCCUGCCUUGACCGAAGAGGAAUUGAGCAAGAAGUCGACAGCUAUCAUUGAGGAGUACCUCCAUAUCAACGACAUGAAGGAGGCUCUACAGUGUGUGCAGGAAAUGAACAGCACUCAGCUGCUCUUUGUGUUUGUACGAAACGGAGUGGAGUCUACGUUGGAGCGUAGCACUAUUGCCAGGGAACACAUGGGCCUGCUUCUGCAACAGCUCAUUAAGAACGACAUCCUCCCAACACAGCAGUACUAUAACGGGCUUCAGGAGCUCCUUGAAGUGGCUGAAGACAUGGCUAUAGACAUCCCCCACAUCUGGCUCUACCUGGCAGAACUGAUCACUCCCAUGCUCCAUGAGGGAGGCAUCCCCAUGGGAGAACUUUUCAGGGAGAUCUCAAAGCCUUUGAUCCCUCUGGGCCAAGCUGGAGUCCUGCUCGUCCAUAUCCUCACUUUACUCUGCAAAGAAAUGAGCCAUAAAAAAGCAGGCACCAUGUGGAGAGAGGCCGGCCUCCGGUGGAAAGACUUCCUCCCCGAGGACGUAGAUGUCAACAAGUUUGUGACAGAAGAGCAUGUGGAGUUCACACUGGGCGAUGAGUCGGAGGAGAGCAAAAAGGAGCUGAGCUCUGCAGAGCUCACCAAACAGCUGGAGAGACUGAUUCAGGACAAGGCCAACAACCAGAGGAUCUUUGACUGGAUUGAGGCCAACCUAGAUGAGCAGCAGACCUCUUCCAACAUGUUUGUCAGAGCUCUGAUGACCUGCGUCUGCCAGUCAGCAAUCAUCUGUGAGAACCCCAACAAAGUGGACAGCGAGCAGAUCAAACUGAGGGCCAAGGUGUUGCAGAAAUACCUGAAAGAUGAGCAGAAGGAACUUCAGGCUCUGUACGCCCUGCAGGCCCUCAUGGUGCAGAUGGAGCAACCUGCCAAUCUGCUGCGGAUGUUCUUUGACACGCUUUACGACGAGGACGUGAUCAAAGAGGAGGCCUUCUACAAGUGGGAGUCUAGCAAAGACCCCGCCGAGCAGCAGGGCAAGGGCGUGGCUCUUAAGUCCGUCACAGCCUUCUUCACUUGGCUCCGCGAGGCCGAAGAUGAGGACGAGUCCGACAAUAGCUAGGGGUUCCUCGAGCCGCUGGGAGAACUAGUGGGAGUUCAGAGAGGAGCAGUCGGGAGAGCAAUCGUUCUGUGGAUGAUUCAGAAGACCCUGAAUCAGCAAAAACCUUCUGCAUAAACAGAAAAAAAGCAAGAAAAAAAUUCUUCAUCUGGGAGAGAUUGUAUUAUGGAUCGAACGUUCGAUCAUGUUUUUUUUGUUUUUUUGGGGGGGGGGGGGGGGGGGGUUUCUUGUUUUUCCUUGCGCAACUGAAUGUCUUUUUUGAAAUAAAUUAAAUUACAGAAUUAAAUAGAGCGAUUAGUUAUAAAAGAGAGAAUGCUGAGAAGCAUUACAAGCCGUGGGAGAUAACGCUGUUUACUUCAGUAUAUUUUUUUUUUUUAGGUUUAUCUCCUGUUUUCAAAUGGCUUGUCCUCACCACAGCAACACUAUUCAAGAAACUGCUUAAUGACAGAUAU